AUGAUGGAUGUGUCCACUUGGAAGGAAAUGGAGGUGGCACUGGUUAGUUUUGACAACACUGAUGAAGUAGUGGGAGAUCCCUGUUAUUCAAAUGACCUCAGUGCUGCUGGCCAAUCACACAAAGGCCGUUCCAGCUGUGCCAGCCUCCUAUCCAAUUGGAGAAUUCUCAUCAACAGCGAAAACAGCAACAAUGAGACCAUAUUCUCCAAAUUCUCUGCUGAGUUCAGUGACCACUUGGGACUAGAGAAUGUGGGCAUGGAUGAGGGAGAACAGAGAGUCAUCAUCAACAUUGCUGGGCUGAGGUUUGAGACGCAACUAAAGACUCUUAACCAGUUUCCAGACACUCUUCUUGGGGACCCUGAGAAGAGGAUACAUUACUUUGAUUCAAUGAGGAAUGAGUACUUCUUUGACAGGAACAGGCCCAGCUUUGAUGGGAUACUAUACUAUUACCAAUCUGGGGGGAAAAUUCGGCGUCCAGCCAAUGUCCCUAUAGAUGUCUUUGCUGAUGAGAUCACAUUCUAUGAGUUGGGAGAAGACGCCAUGGACCAAUUCAGAGAAGAUGAAGGCUUUAUCAAGGACUCAAUCACUCACCUGCCAACCAAUGACUUUCACAGGCAGUUCUGGCUGCUGUUUGAGUAUCCUGAAAGCUCUAGUGCAGCCAGAGGUGUGGCUUUGGUCUCUGUCCUGGUUAUUGUUAUCUCUAUUAUAAUUUUUUGUGUAGAGACUUUACCUGAGUUCAGAGAUGAGAGGGAGAUGAAGGAUAUCAAGGAUGAAGCAAACAACUUAACCAAAGCUGUCAUUGUCCCCAACACUUUCACAGACCCAUUCUUUGUGAUAGAAACUGCUUGCAUCAUCUGGUUCUCCUUUGAGUUGUUCGUCAGAUUCAUCGUCUGCCCCAGCAAGACUGACUUCUUCAAAAAUAUAAUGAACAUCAUUGAUAUUGUGUCUAUCAUUCCUUAUUUUGUGACAGUCAUCACUGAGCUAAUUCAGCACAGUGAGCCAAAUGGCCAACAGAAUAUGUCCCUGGCCAUCCUCAGGAUUAUCCGUCUUGUCAGGGUCUUCCGUAUCUUCAAGGAACUGGGCUUGCUCAUCUUUUUCCUUUUUAUUGGAGUCAUACUGUUUUCUAGUGCCAUCUACUUUGCAGAGGUGGAUGAACCACGAUCACAUUUCUCCAGCAUACCUGAUGGCUUCUGGUGGGCUGUGGUCACCAUGACGACUGUUGGCUAUGGAGACAUGUGUCCUACCACCCUGGGGGGAAAGAUAGUGGGGACUCUAUGUGCUAUUGCAGGGGUGCUGACGAUUGCACUCCCUGUGCCAGUCAUUGUCUCCAACUUUAAUUAUUUCUACCACAGGGAGACAGAGAAUGAAGAGAGACAAAUAUUGCCUAGGGAGGUAGAGAAAAUACUGACGAGUGUGGUGACAGGGAAUGGGAGUAUGGACUCCCUAAACAAAACAAAUGAAAAUUAUUCUCAAGACAAGACAAAAAAACAUUGA